AUGGACUCGAAGGAUGAGCACGAAGCUCAGGAAGCCAAGGCCAAAUCAUCGUUAUCUAUUCGCUCGCAACCGUUAGCCUUAUCAGCCACAAAUGAAAAUGAUGCAACAAAUCUCCAAGCUAUCACGACUACCCAGAGCAAUACAUUUUCUCUGUCCGCUGUAGAACCGGUCGAUGUCCAGAUACGAAACCUCUCGGUGAACGUUGAUAUCUCCCCUUCAGCACUUUCAAUUGAACGAUGGAUACCACGAAAGAAGGCCCAAGAUGGAUCUGCCACUCCCACCAUGAAACAAAUCCUACACUCAGUCUCUGCCUCGAUGCCCGUCGGAACACUUACUGCCAUUAUUGGUGGCAGUGGUUCGGGAAAGACAACUAUGUUAAAUACAAUGGCUGAGCGCAUGACAAGUGGACGAUUAACAAUUGGUGGAACCACAACUUUCAAUGGCAUGGAAGGUGUACAUAGUGUUCGUAGUGCAUAUGUCAUGCAACAGGAUGUAUUACUACCGACCUUGACAGUCCGAGAGACUUUACGAUAUGCCGCAGAUCUGCGAUUGCCGCCACCGACAACUGAAAAGGAAAGGAGGAACAUUGUGGAGGAAGUAAUUUUGGAGCUUGGUUUGAAGGAAUGCGCCGACACACGAAUUGGUAGCACACAACACAAGGGGUGCUCUGGAGGCGAGAAAAGAAGAACUAGCAUUGGUGUACAAUUGUUAAGCAACCCAAGCGUCUUAUUUCUGGACGAACCGACCACUGGACUUGAUGCGACGAGUGCAUUUCAGCUAGUCAGGACCCUCAAAGGGUUGGCCAGGAAAGGUCGGACGAUUAUUACAACCAUUCACCAGCCUAGAUCAGAGAUAUGGGGAAUGUUUGAUGGUCUAACAAUCUUAACAAGAGGUAGUCCAGUAUAUUCUGGCAAAGCUGCGGACUGCUUGUCUUGGUUCAAAGGAAUUGGCAUGGAGCUACCGGCAUUUGUCAAUCCAGCAGAGUUCUUAAUUGAUAUAGCUGCUAUUGAUAAUCGCUCCCCUGAACUCGAGGCAACUUCUUCUGCAAGAGUUGAAAAUUUGAAACUUGCUUGGGCAGAAGAAAAUGACAAAAGGUUCUUCCAAGUUUCGGAAAAGGUUACAGCUACUGAGACGCCGGAUACAAAACCUCUUGGAGCAAAGAAUUGGACACGUCACUCUCCGUUCGUUCGUCAGACUCGUGUACUAACUUCUCGAACCUUUGUCACAACCUAUCGAGACCCUAUGGGCAUGUUUGGAUCUCUUAUAGAAGCGAUAGGGAUGGGGAUCAUGAGUGGGUGGGUUUUCUUUAACCUGGGGCAAGAUCUUUCUGGUAUUCGCAGUCGCGAAGGUGCCCUUUACAAUGCUGCCGCAUUACAAGGGUAUCUCAUGCUCUUAUUCGAAACAUAUCGUCUGACGAUUGACAUACAACUCUUUGAUCGUGAGAAUAACGAGAAUGUUGUGGACGUUAUCCCUUUUCUGCUCAGUAGAAGAAUUGCAAGGUUCUUUACCGAAGACUUUCCUGUUCCUCUGAUAUUCUCACUCAUAUCUUAUUGGAUGGCAGGCUUUAGAUCAGAUGGCUCGACUUUCCUUACUUUCUUUUCUAUCGUACUACUCUGUCAAUAUAUCGCCGUCACCUUCGCCAUGACGUGCAUAGCGGCUUCAAGAAACUUUGCUGGUGCAUCUCUCAUUGCAAAUAUGGGUUACACAGUUCAGAGCUUUGCCUGUGGAUUUUUUGUACAAGUAAACACUAUUCCGGUGUACGUUCGUUGGCUAAAAUGGACAGCCUACGUAUUUUAUGCGUUUGGUGCUUUGUGUUCAAACGAAUUCGUAGGCCAGUUUUAUGAUUGCCCUUAUGAAGGCGGAGAAUCGAACCCAGCCUGUGUUGAAUACACAGGCGCAUUCAUCAUAAAUUCGCUGGGAUUUCCUGAUAACUGGGUUGUCAGGCCAAUCAUUUUCCUACUCUGUUAUUCAAUCAUGUUCUACGGACUUGCGGGCAUUGGUCUACGAUUCUUAAAAGUUGAAAUGACGAUUGCCAGAGCUAGAGGCUCAGAUGCGGACUUUUCCGCAGGGAAAGAAAAGAUGACAGUAAGGUCUGCGGCGGAGGUUCGAACUGUUGAUAUCGGCCUUGAUAAAUUCGCCUUAGAUCUCGAGAAACGUAAUUCAUUUGGGAAGAAACAACCCACCAAAAUCAUAUUAAAUCCAGUCACAGCAACAUUCCAAGCCGGUGUGUUAAAUGUCAUUAUGGGACCAUCAGGCAGCGGUAAAACAUCUCUUCUCAAUGCGAUGGCUUUGCGACUACGUAAUUCUAUUGGAACAAAAUAUCGACCCAGUGGAGACAUGACUUUUAACGGUGCAGUGCCAUCGGCUUCAGUCAUACGGUCUGUUUGUUGUUAUGUAUGUCAAGAUGAUGAUGCACUCCUGCCUUCAUUAACGGUUAGAGAAACCCUUCAUUUUGCAGCUGGGCUACGACUUCCAUCGUUCAUGACAAAGGAUCAAAAGAUUCGACGUGCUGAGGAUGUUCUGUUGAAGAUGGGUCUGAAGGAUUGUGCGGAUAACCUUAUUGGAUCUGAUCUCAUUAAAGGUAUAUCAGGUGGUGAAAAGCGCAGAGUAACUAUCGCCGUUCAAAUUCUGACGGAUCCAAGGGUGCUUCUCUUGGAUGAACCAACCUCUGGUUUAGAUGCAUUCACCGCUUCAUCUAUCAUGGAAGUGCUUCAAGGUCUUGCACAAGAGGGUCGAACUCUAAUACUCACAAUCCAUCAAUCUCGUUCGGACACCUUUAAGCAUUUUGGGAGUGUUCUUCUAUUAGCACGUGGAGGCUUUCCCGUUUACGCUGGUAAAGGUUCUGAUAUGAUUUCACACUUCAAUAAUUUGGGCCAUCCAUGUCCCACUACGACAAAUCCAGCCGAUUUCGCACUCGAUCUAAUCACCAUUGAUUUACAACAGUCUAGACGAGAGGAGGCCACUCGUUCCAGAGUAAGAGAUCUCAUCAAUUCCUGGUCAUCCGGAGAUUUCACAAAAGCUAUCAUCCCAACCACAAUAUCUACUCCCGCAGAACUGGGCUCUCUUGUUCGCAAAUCCUCUGGCUUCUUCUCUGCGUACCCAAUUCUUGUUCAUAGAGCUUCGAUCAAUUUCCGUCGACAACCUGAUUUACUAUUAGCUCGAACUAUGCAAGUCCUAGGUCUCGCCAUCAUUCUCGCUUUGUUCUUCGCACCCUUAAAACACGACUAUUAUUCCGUACAAAACAGAUUCGGUUUCAUCCAAGAAUUUUGUGCAUUUUAUUUCGUUGGCAUGCUGCAAAAUGUUGCAGUCUAUCCUAAUGAAAAAGAUGUGUUCUAUCGAGAAAACGACGAUGGUAUUUAUAGCGUCGAAGCAUUUUUCGCUCAAUAUACUACACUGGAGAUACCAUUUGAGAUAUUCACAUCUUUAAUCUUUGCGAUAUUGACGGAUUUAGCUACGGGCUUACCCAGAAAUGCUCAGGUAUUCUUUGUGUGCUUCUUUAAUUGCUUUUGCAUUAUUAAUUGUGGUGAGAGUUUGGGUAUUAUGUUUAAUACCCUCUUCUCCCACACAGGCUUCGCCGUAAACCUUACAAGUGUAUUCCUAUCAAUAGCCCAAUUUAUGUCCGGUAUCAUGUCCAUUGGUAUGCCUGCGUUUCUCCAAGGAGUAAACUAUCUCUCGCCUAUUCGCUACGCUAUUAGGAAUUUAGCGCCGUACACCUUGAGAAGUAUUGUAUUUACGUGUACUGAUGCACAGAAACUGCCAGAUGGCAGUUGUCCGAUUAAUAACGGAAUGGAGGCACUGGAUCUUUAUGAUUUGAAUACGGAUGCCCUGUGGAAUAUCAUUGCGCUAGGCAUUUGUACUGUGAUUUAUAGGGGCUUGGCUUAUGUACUGUUGAAGGGGAUGAGGACGCAUUGGAAAGGAGUUGGCAAGAGAGGGAAGGGGAGCGGGAGAUCAGAUGCACCGAGAGUGUAA